AAAAGACCAACAACCAAUAUAAUCUCUUUGUUACUCCGUCCUCAAUCCUCUCACCAUCAAUCACCAUGAACAGGAUCUUCCACAAGACAAAGCCUUGGUUCAUCCGCACGACUCAUUUCCAAACAAUUCGAACUGGUCAACAUCUGCGUCGAUACUCUCAGGUGUCUGAGCUACCUGAAGCUGCCGAUGAUUUGCGGGCGGAAUCAUGGAGAUCGGUGGAAGGACUUGUUCGAUGCUCAGCGAACUUUGUUCCUUUGUCGCCGAUUAGUUUUCUGGAGAGAGCGGCGGACGUGUACCGAGAGCGGACAUCGGUUGUUUAUAGAUCGUUAAAGUAUACAUGGGAAGAAACACAUGGAAGGUGUGUGAAGCUGGCCUCUGCACUAACUCAAUUGGGGGUUAAACGUGGUGAUGUUGUAGCGACACUGGCACCAAAUGUUCCGGCAAUGCAAGAACUGCAUUUUGCUGUUCCGAUGGCCGGAGCCAUCCUCUGCACUUUUAACACUCGCCAUGAUUCCACCAUGAUCGCAACGCUUCUAACUCACUCCGAAACUAAAAUCCUCUUUGUAGAUCAUCAGUUUCUUCACACUGCUUUGGCCGCACUCAAUCUGCUCAAGCCCCCACACACAAAACCCCCUCUCAUUGUUACCAUCACCUACGAAGGCACACCGCCGCAGUCCGAGCUGAAUACCAAUGCCUACCACCAAUACGAAAGCCUCAUUGAGGGUGGAGUUUCCGGGUUCAAUGUAGUUCGACCCACCGACGAAUGGGAUCCCAUCAGUUUAAACUAUACUUCUGGCACGACGUCGAGGCCAAAAGGGGUGGUUUACAGUCACCGUGGCGCGUAUUUGAACUCAAUCGCAACUGUUUUCAUGCAUGGAAUGGGGGCGAGAACAACGUACCUCUGGACUGUGCCUAUGUUUCAUUGCAACGGAUGGUGUGUUACAUGGGGCCUGGCGGCCAUCGGUGGUACUAACAUAUGCAUUCGGAGAUGUGAUCCGAAGGACAUAUUUGAUAACAUAGAUCUUCAUAAGGUUACGCAUAUGGGAGGUGCUCCGACGGUCUUGAACAUGAUUGUGAAUUCUCCGGUGACUGAGCGGAAACCGCUACCACACAAAGUCGAGAUUAUGACGGGUGGUGCACCACCGCCUCCGUUGAUCCUUUCGAAGAUGGAGGAGCUUGGGUUCGGUGUGUCACAUUUGUAUGGUCUCACGGAAACGUACGGUCCGGGGACAUUGUGUUUGUGGAAACCCGAAUGGGAUUCGUUGCCAACUGAAGAACGAUUGAAGCUCAAAACCCGACAAGGAGUGAGACAUCUUGGGUUGGAUUCCGUCGAUGUGAAAGAUCCGAUCACAAUGGAGAGUGUCGAAUGUGAUGGGAAAGCAAUGGGGGAAGUUAUGUUCCGGGGGAACACAGUCAUGAGCGGGUACUUGAAGGAUACAAAAGCUACCGAAGAAGCGUUUGCCGGCGGAUGGUUUCGGAGUGGUGACUUAGCGGUCAAACAUCCAGACGGGUAUAUAGAAGUUAAGGAUCGGUCAAAGGACAUUAUCAUAUCAGGAGGCGAAAACAUAAGCACGGUUGAGGUUGAAACAGUAAUCUAUAGCCACCCAGCAGUUCUCGAGGUUGCAGUGGUGGCACGACCCGACAACCACUGGGGUCAAACGCCGUGUGCGUUUGUGAAACUGAAAGACGGUUUCAGCGUUGACGGUCAGGAAAUCAUCGACUAUUGUCGCAAUCGUAUGCCGCGUUAUAUGGCCCCUAAAACCGUCAUUUUCGAAGACUUGCCGAGAACCUCGACGGGGAAGGUGCAAAAGUUUUUGUUGCGGGAGAAAGCAAAGGCUCUCGGCAGCAUAUCUUGAGGCAAAUGUAUAUUUUUAUCCAGUGUACAAGUGUAUUUUUCUUAAAUUUUUUAUUAAUAAACUCUUUAAAAUAACUUGCAAUCAA